AUGGACAUGGGGGACUUGUAUAUUAAUGUCAAAGAUAAAGAUUAUUCUACUGACUCACGUGUAGAAGACAAAGUAUCAGACUGUGAAAAUUUGCCACAAUCUUCUUUGCUGAUCCCAACAGCAAAACGCGUUCGCUUUUCAAGAACUCAAGUUUAUUACUUUAAUCGACAGCAGGGCUAUUCCUCAGUACCUCAACGCGGUGGCUGUUCUUUAGGAAUGGCUUUGGAGCAUUUUCAUUCAGAAGUUCACAAAGAGUCAUCUUUUAGAAAGAUACGGCAAAGUGAAAAGCGAUUGAAUCCUGUAAAUAAUUUCACAGCUCCUUCACAGCUUAACUGUAGAGGUCGAAGGCGUAAACGCAAACAACCACGAGCAACAACCAUUUACUCAGAUAAGGAUUCUGAAACCAAUGUAAAUAAAAAUAAUGUCCGACUAAUUUCUCCUUACUUUUCACCUCCCAAAUUAUCCCCACAACGACUUGAUUCUACCGAUUGCAAGAUCACUCAAACAGCGAAUAUUCGAACUCCAUCUCCACCAUGUCUUUCACCCCAAGAAGGAGUCUCAAAUAUUGAUAUUUCUAUUGAUAUUCCUGAAACAGAUUCGGAAAACUCUAUGGAGUCUUUUGCCGUUCCCAGAACCACUACUAAGAAACUCUUGCCGCUUCCUCCAGUAGUUCGAACACGAUUAUUAAAACAGGCAGGUGUUAUCAAUAUUGAUGAUUCUGAGCGAUUGAAUUGUGCGGUACUUAGAAACUCUCGUACAACAGUGGGAUGUGGAUGUAUCUCUUCAUUUUGUAAUCCAGAAACUUGUUCUUGUGCAUUGGAUGGAAUUCCUUGUCAAGUUGAUCGUCCAGGAUUUCCAUGCAGUUGUUCCGAGCAGUGCAAAAAUCCAUGUGGCCGAAUUGAAUUCUCAACCACCCGAGUUCGGUCUCACGCUCUUCACGUUUUUCAACGGCAGUUGGAGAAUGACGGUGAUCGACUCCAGCCAGUUAGUUCAGAACAUGGAGAGUGUCUACAGUGCCUUCAGGAACGAUUGAGUCAACUCGAAUCUUCUCCUACUUCCCUACCACCUUCUCCAAUCGCCAAAAAAUUUCCUUCUCUAACCCUGUCUCCCCCUCUACAUUCCCCAGGUUUUAAUAAUUCCAUUUAUGACCUUCCAUCACCACCACUGGCUUCGUCUCCUCCUAUUUUUCCUGGCGGUGCCGAUCAUUCAAUUUUUAGAUUGCCUCUAAUGACACCUAUUAUUGUGAACAGCUCCUUUUUGGCGUCGUCGUCGUCGUCAUCCACCUCAAAGGCAAUCGUGGUGUACAAGCCACCCUCCUCAAUCCUUAGAGAAUGCUUUGGAAAGGAUUUGGAUACCGGGGUCCUUCAGCAAAUUCCAAAACCGAUCACUGAAGAUACUGCAACUGAGAACGUGAAUCCGCUAAAUGGUGUUCCUGUUGCAGACGGUGUUGAUAAUAUCAAGCUCGAGCCAGGUCUCGAGGUCGCUAAAGAUACGGUACUUGAACCAGCUGAUUAUGAUGCUUGUCUUCAAGGCAAAGCCAUAUUCACAGCGAAUUCUUCAAUCCUUCGUAUGCCAUCUCCACUACCCCCGAAAAUACCAAGCAGACGAUCAGUAAAAUUCAUUCAGACACUAGCAUCAGGUCCAAAUCCCGAAUGUAUACCGAAUCUCAAUCGAUUAGGUCCUUGCAAGCGUUCGAUUAUAAUGUGCGAUGCCAACAAUCCCUUGGCUCCAAUCUGGCCACCACCCAAGGGAGGGGUGAAUAUCGAUGAGAUUUGGGAUGAUGGGCCUCUUCUUCAAAACUAUAAGAGCAUGGAGGAACACGUGAAGAAACAAGUUGAGAGAUUCAAGAAUUCCGUCAGGCCGCCUCCGCCGCCAUCCGUGCCUGCGAAAUCCACCCAUCCAACUCCUCCUGUUCCGCAAUCUCUUCCCACCCAGUCGAGCGCCACAACUCCUGGUAGGAAAAAGAGGAGAAAUAACAAGCAUAAGCGGGGUGGUGGAGCUGCGCCGGCGGCAGCAGCUUCACAACAGCAGCAGCAAACACCGGUUACCCCCGUCCUUCCCUCUGCUAUCGUUACUCCUGAUCCUGCUCCUGCUCCUAUUUCAAACCCCGCUCCGCCAUCCUCUCCAAGUCCUCCUUCAAAUGGUGUUGAGCAGCAUUUGUCGCCUCAACAUCCAACUUCUCCUCAUCCGCCGUGUUCCUCUUCCACUAGAGGACCAGAGGGUUUGCAUGCUUCCCUCUCUGAUAAUAAAGCAAUGUCGAAUCCUGAGACUGUUUCUGCAAACACUCCUUCCGCCGCAAGCCCGACCGCCUACGCGACAGCGCCAUCAUCGCCAGCAAGAGUCGUCUCGAAUCCGAGUCCCAUUUCAGUCGGUCCCUCGGUGGGGUCGGCUAUUCCUGACGCCGCUCUUGCUCCCGCUCCUGUUGUUCCCGCACCGGCUCCGGCUGCAAUUCCAGCUCCUAUGUAUCCACUUAUCUCACAUCUCCCUGUGGAUUUGAUGCCGCCACCACAUCCGCCUGCACUCUGUUCUAGUCCCAGCGGUAACAGUUCUGCGCGGUUUGGUGGUCCCCAACAGUCAUCCUGCCUGCUUCCAACACCGGUAGAAGCGCAAACUACCUCCUCCCUCACAGCCUCCCUAACCACUCCCAAUGGAGAAUUCAACAUGAGUCUCCUCUUGCGAGCCUGGUAUGAGGCUGGCUAUGCCAUGGGCCAAGCGCAUGCCGACCAAAUCUUGGGUCUACGCUCUGGUCCAUGUGGGAGUGGAGAUGGGUCAGACGAGGAUGAAGAUGAUGACGAUGGGGAGGAGGUGGAGCAACAGGUAGUGCAGCAAAAAAAGGGAAAACCAAGAAAAUCGAAAAAAGCGUUGACUACUUCGAACCUCUGUUCUGACUCCUCUGGAGUUUCUUCUUUUCGAAGUUCGGAACUCCCAACUAUGAUUCAAGAUCCAAAUAUUCUCUCUUUUUAUCCCAAACUCUCGAACACUGAAAUUCGUCGAACAUUCCAGCUUUUUUCUCGAGUUGUUGAAUCCCGUGUGCGACUUUCAUGGAUACCGCAAGUAUUUUCGAGAAUUCCGUGUGCCCAAAGCAAAUCGGAGGAGGUUGAAGUAUUGCAAUCAGGAACGGCUAAAGAUCGUAGCUUUGGUGCUCCAGCAGUAGUAUGCUUUCUUCUGCAGAUAUCGUCAGUGUCACCCCGUUACUCUCUAUCAUCCUCUCAACCACCACAUCCUAACUUGCCAAGUGUAAUUAGUAGCAAAACCGCAGAUGUUGUCAUCGAUUUAGUCAAUACCUUCGAAUCACGAUACGCCGAUGACUAUGAAAGCUUAAUUGGAGAUGCCUUACUAAUUCAUAACAGUGUUUCUGCUACCGACUCCUCAGCUUCAGAAGUAGAACUCGACGUCAAACUUCUUUCUGGACCCUAUCCCACAGACUACUCCUCCCUUCGGUUAAGGUACUUCAAAAUCCUCGAGGGCCUCUUUGUAUCUCAAAUCAAUUGGGGAAGAAUUGUGGCGAUGAUAAGCUUCCUCCGUGCCCUCUGUGUCGUGUUAGAUACAACACCUGGCUCACAAUCAUCAUUAUCAUCUGUGGAUGAUAGUAUUUCUAUGAGUCCAAAGGUAGCCAACUUGCAGUUAGCAAUCCUUCAUUACCUAAUUUGGACGACGGAAUUCAUUCACAAGCAACCUAAGCUUUGGGAUUGGAUAAAAGAUCAUGGAGGAUGGGAGGGAUUGGAGAAAUUUUAUUAUGGUGAGAAGUCUACACUCCACUCUCAAUUGCUUCUCGGCCUUGCUCUUAUACUUGCACCAGUCGGAUUCGUCAGUGCAAUACGUUUUGUUUUUCGUCAACUUUGGCCGCGUACGUUUGAAUAA